AGUGAGUCUCCGUGAUGCCAUCUGCUGCUGUUCAAUAUAUUUGAGGUGUAGAUGUUUUUCGCCUGUACAAUACCAUGGAGUCAUCUGAAGACCGCAUACCAAUAGUGGACAACAAUAGCAUUUCAAACACCUCGGGUGAUCCUCAUUCUAGGCCGUCGAUAUCCGUACCAAAUAAUUACGUACAUCGCGUCUAUCCUGUGAGAUGGGCUAUUGUGCUUGUUCUGGCUUUUAUAAACGGAAGCAACGCGUAUAUUUGGAUCUCCUACGCUCCAGUAGCUAAUCAUUUCUGUGAAUAUUAUUCUACAACCGAAUACGUAUUGAACUGGAUGCAGUUGGUAUUUCCCAUUACGACCGUGCUCUUCGGUUUACCCGCUUCCUUGGUGGUUGACUGGCUUGGAAUUCGCUUCGUUCUCCUGUUUUCGGUGACAACUCACUUGAUUUGUGGUCUUGCGCGCCUGCUUUCUAGUUGCAGCACUCACUGGCCACCAACCACUAUUCGGCUGCGUCUGGUCCUAUUUGGUCAUGUAGUCGCAUCCCUAGCCCAGCCACUUUGUAUGUUUGCCCCAACAAAACUUGCCUUAGACUGGUUUCCAGAUUUCCAAAGAACAACAGCCAACACCAUUGGCUCCCUUGGAAACUCCGUUGGUGUACUCAUUGGUAGUGCCUUGGUGCCUUUUCUCGUACCCCAACCUUCUGCAAUCCCUACGUUCAAUUAUAUAACAAUGGGUCUUGUGACUUUCGGUGGGGUUUUAUCGGUGAUUUUCGUACGUAAGAAUAAACCGGAAACACCGCCCUCGGUGGCUUCCGCCGUUUUUGAAGAAAUGCACCGAAAACAUGCAGUAACUAUACCCAUGCGGCUGCAAUCGUUCGUGCGAUGUGUUAGUCUUGCCAUGAGAUCUCCCGCAUUUUUUUUACUGGCAACCACUUUUGGAGGUGGUUUGGCCUACUUUGGUGCCAUUUCUACAUUGUUACAACAGAUACUUUGCACGAAAGGCUAUUCAAACGAGUAUGCUGGAAUUUGUGGAUCACUGUUGAUUGUCGCCGGUCUGAUAGCCUCCGCCCCGUGUGCAAUUUACGUUGAUCGAACAGGAAGAUUAGUCGAAUCUGUCAAGGUUUGCUUCGUUUUAGCCACUCUGGGCUGUGUCGGGUUCAGUGUGGUUAUCUGGUUCCCUGGACAGUCGUUUCUUACAAUAUUUUUCACCAUGUGGCUCGGAGCAUUUGGAUUCGCUCAAUACAGCUUGGCCCUUGAACUUGCUGCGGAGAUCACUUUCCCCGUGCCCGAGGCGAUUACUACCGGUCUUAUGAUUAGCUUCAGCCAAAUUCUAUCGAUUGUGUUCGUGGCCGGUAUGCAAGCUGCAGCUCCCGAGGUCCACUCCAGUCCGUCUUUCACUCCAACCUGUGGGUCUGCUGUCACUCCACAAGAUUAUACCGUUCCGAACUUGGUUGUUUGCUCGACGCUCGUUCUGAUCGGAAUCAUUCAGCUGUUCGCGCUCCGCGUAACCUACAAAAGACGUGAGGCCUCUUUGUCUUUCAAUUCCCAAGUGGAUGCGCCACCAAAUCACGUUCAAUCGGUAAUCGAUGAGAUGGGGUGUUGACACGAGAUUAUCAACAUUUGCAUUUGUCUUUCAUUGUUUUUCUUUAUUUGCCACAAUCAUUCGUGUGAUUCCGAUUGAUGACCAUGCCUUCGUGCGUACCCGCACUUCCCUGAAACGGUGUAUCUAUCUCUUCUUUCAUUUUUCUAAUCUACUAAUUUGACCACUCACUUGUCUACAUUCUUCUAACCUUUGCAUUUUUGCUUUUGUUCUAUCGCCGCUGUUUUUUUUCAGUUUAGCCCACGAGCAUGGAUCGUAAAACGAGGAGUAUGAGGGAUAAUUGUAACUCAUCUUACCAUAAAUGCAUCCUUUAGGUUUUUGUUACUGAUAUCUUACAGCACGCUUGUUAGUUUUUCGUCCUCGAGUUGUCUGCUACGUUGGAUUGUGUAGGAGGCUGUUUGGUGUUGUCUUUGCCCAUUGCUACCAAAAAUCGCAAACCCGGAGAGACGAUAGAUACGCCGUCAAGAUGACUCCGUCCCGAGGAAUCCAUAUCGAGCAGUGUGUCGCUUAUACGUGACACAGAGCCAUCUUGCUUGAAACGGUCACUGACUAGUGUUAUCGUUUUUGACUGCGUGCUCUGUGUCCGUUCACUGGAGUAAGGUGAGUAUCCAUUUUGUGCCACAGGUUCCGCCAGGAUUCCGCAUGAAACUUUCAAACUGGAUCGUGUACCGCCCACUUUACUUGUCUCAAUUUUAUUUCUCACAGUCACGAUGGUGCGUUCAGAGUACGGUCUUAUGUAACUAGUCCCAGCUUUUCUUGAACAUAUUUU